UAGAGGAUUAUAACCGAAUGGGUAAUUUAGGCUAUUACACGUAUCCAGAAUUGCAGUCACAUCCAUCAUUGCACCGCAGGCUCGGAGCUCGCCAUCAUUACCCCACUCACACAUACGAUGACACUGACUGACGGAGUCACAGACAGACUGGGGCAUCAGCAGAGUGGCGCUGUACAGUAAACAGUUCUGGUAGGCUGGCAGCACAGCCUGUAGUGCAGACGUCGCAUGCCGCAUGUGCACGCCUGUCAGUCUAUUCGUAUUCGGGUGCACACGACACGAGCAGGACCUCGAGGAAAACAAACUGAGGCUCUUAUUUCGGCUCUCCUUGGAGGGCACGCGAAUGCACGAUGAGACAGAAGAGAGAAUUGGCGAUGCGAUGAGCGAAUGUGCAGAGGACGGGGGAUUUUGAGCGAACAGUGGAGGAAAACAAGCGAACUGCUAAGCGAUGGAGAACCAGACGACAACGGAGCAGCAAAGCUACGAGGACGUUCGCAAGAGCGGGUACCUCCGCAAACAAAAAUCUAUGCACCGGCGCUUCUUCGUCCUCCGGGCCCCCUCGGAGCAUGGCCCUGCCCGACUCGAGUACUAUGAGAACGAGAAGAAAUUCCGAAGCAAGUCCCCUGUCCCCAAGAAAGUCGUUAUCCUGGAGUCUUGCUUCAACAUCAAUAAGCGGGCGGAUUCGAAGAAUAAACACAUGAUAGUGUUAUAUACCCGCGGGGAGAGCUUUGCCAUCGCUGCGGACACUGAGGAGGUUCAGAACGAGUGGUAUCAGGCCAUGUUGGACCUCCAGCGUAGAAGUAAGACCCCUGAUGACUUUGGUAGUGGAGGAGAAUGUGGUUUGCUGUCCCCUGGUCCGCUCUUUAAGGAGGUCUGGCAGGUGAAGCUUUGGCCCAAGGGCCUGGGUCAGGCAAGGAACCUGAUAGGCAUCUACCGGCUCUGCCUUACUGAUAAGACGGUCAAUUUUGUUAAGCUCAACUCGGAUGUGCCUGCCGUGGUGCUGCAGCUGAUGAACGUUCGCCGUUGUGGUCAUUCGGAGAACUUUUUCUUCAUUGAAGUGGGCCGUUCAGCCAUGACCGGGCCUGGAGAGUUCUGGAUGCAAGUGGAGGAUUCUGUAGUAGCGCAGAACAUGCAUGAGACCCUGCUGGAGGCUAUGAAAGCACUGAGUGAAGAGUUCCGUCAGCGCAGCAAGACCCAGGCAGCGGGCGCCUCCUGUGGAGGGGGCACCGCCUCUAAUCCUAUCAGCGUACCAUCCCGUCGCCACCACCCAAAUCUGCCACCUUCCCAGGUGGGCUUCUCCAGACGGGCUAGGACAGAGACCCCUGCAGUUGCACAUAGCACCAACACAUCCCCAACAUCUCGACACGGGUUCUCUAGGUCCCGUACAGCCAGCAUCGGUGCUCGUACGGAGGACGGCAGUGGCAGAAUGACUGCUCUCAGCACCAGUCCGAGCCUUAACGGCUCCUCUUGCUCCACCACCCCUACCCUGCGACCCAAACCCACACGUGCACCCACCCCGGCCAAGAUCACGCUCAGUCUGGCACCAUACACCCCCAAUCCAGCACCUUCCCCAGCCCCCAGCCUCUCUUCCAGCUCUGGUCAUGGUUCUGAGUGUGGACUGGGUGGAGCUCCAAUGGGGCCAGUGCCCAUCUGCACCUAUGCUCGAAUCCCACAGAGAGUAUCUAUGUCAGGCUCGCCCAGUGACUAUGGCUCCUCUGAUGAGUAUGGAUCCAGUCCCGGCGAGCACUCCCUUCUGGCUGCAGGGCUCCCUACUGCUCUAGUCGAUGCUUCUACUGGUUGCAUCUUGGCGAGGCAGCGGGACGGCUCUCACAAGCGAGUGCACGGGCGUAGGGUCCUUCGUCGCUCCUCCAGCAGGGACUACGAAGCUGAGCGCAGGCUGCUCAGCAAGCGCGCCUCUCUCCCACCUUCCUCCGUCCAGGAGCGCCUGGUACCUCGCCGCAGGGACGAGGAAGAGGAGGAAGAUGAAGACUAUGCCAUCAUGUCUCGUAGCGCCAGCAGGGAAUCGUUCACUUCCCGACGUGGCUCAGGAAGCUCAGCAACGACUUCGAGUGGACAGCCAGAAAACUCGGCUGAUAAAGGCGUCAACACGAGGGAGGUUCCGGAAGAUGUGUCCAUCGACAGUGGAUAUAUGUCCAUGUUGCCUGGUGUUACAGCGCCUCCGGCAAGCCUGUCUUUGUCAGUGUCCGAAGUGGAGUCAAAGGGAGGGGACGAGUACAUGGCCAUGACCCCGAACAGCAGUGUUUCUCCCCCACAGCACAUUCGGGUUCCUGUGUCUGAGGGCUACAUGAUGAUGUCCCCCAACAGCAGCUGUUCACCAGAUCUACAUGGCAUGAGUGGGUGCUUGUGGGGGAGUAGGAGCAGCAUGGAGAGCCGAACAGGAAGUGACUACAUGAACAUGUCGCCCAUCAGUGCCAGAUCAGCCUGCAGCACACCCCCAUCACACCCUGAACAGCACCCACUGCAGCCCAAGACAGUCUACUCCUACUUCUCCCUGCCACGCUCCUAUAAACACACCACUCUCUCCACUCGGUUUGAGGACAAUCUUGGUGAUGGGAGGAGGCCUGAGGGCGUUUGUGGCAGUGAGGGUGGUGGUGGAGGCAGGGCUGGGCGUGGCGGCUACCCCACCAGAGCUGAACGUUCCGUCGGCCCAAAUGGAAACGGCCGUCUAUCCCCGUCCUCCUCAUCUUUCUCCUCUAGUUCGGCGAGCACUGAGAGUUUGGAGGAUAAGCCGCUGUCCCUGCCAGCUGGGGAAGCAGGCCGGUCCACCCGCCCAAACACAGGACACAGGGUAGGGGGCACUCACCCCAAAGACUCAUCCCACCACUAUCAUCAGCAGAGACGAGGGCCGGGUGUCCAGAAACAGGGUCAUUCACAGCAUCGGAAAGGCAGGCCCUUCAGCCUCUUUGUGGACAUGUCCAAAGCCAACACUUUGCCCAGAGUCAGGGAGACCCUGCAGCCCACAGUGUCCCAGAGCUCCGGUGAAUAUGUUAGCAUUGUUUAUCAGGGUGAACAGGGAGGUUGCAAUGGAGGGGCUAUAGGGGUAAAUGAAGGGCACUCUGUGGUGUCAGGACAUCCAAGAGCCAUACACCGACCACCUCCAUGCCAAGUUGGUACUACCAGUCUACCCCGUAGCUUCUCCGCACCCCUUUCCACCUCUAUGUCUUCAUCCUCUGAAUAUGUUAACAUGGAUUUGGGCAGUUCACCAUCUGCAAUGCCUUGCACGCCCCUCUCGUCUUUCAGCCCUGCAACAGCAAUAGCCAGAGAAAAGCUUACUGGGGAUCCUCAAGUAGCACAGGGAGCUCAAACUGGACACAGAAAGGGCGGUAAGACAGCCUUGCCGUCUGGGGACACUUUCACAGACUACACAGAAAUGGCAUUUGGACUGGGCGCAGGAGACGGCUCUUCACACUGCCCCAAACCUGACCAAAUAGCCGAUCCUUCUACUAUGGAGCAGGAACAAAGUAUGGGCUUCCCCUCAACCAAGGUUUUCCCCAAGACAGACCAAGGAGCUCGACUGGUCCGAGCUGAGGCACCAGUGAGACGAAGGCACCGCUCAGACACUUUCAAGGCGCCUGUGCCUCUCCCUGUGUCUCCCGCUUCCUCCUCCUCUGUCUUUCCGGAAACCCCUCAAGUCACCCCAGCUCGACGCCAUGGCCUAGACAGCGCCCUUUGGGCCACUGGACAGCCACCCGUAGCGCAGUGUGCCGGUCCUGGGGUGGCAGCUGUACCCGCAGACCAGGCUUCAUCCUCGACUCUGGAGCAAGGUCUAAACUAUAUUGAUCUUGACUUAGCCAAUAAGGAGAGCCCUCAGAUCAGCCUGGAUGGACCAUCUGGGCCACCCUUCUCGGUCCUCGGAGGAGGGUCGACGGUGGGGCUGGGUGGAACGGCAGUAGGAGGAAACACCACCUCUAUUAUUAACACCUACGCCAGCAUUGACUUCUUCAAGUCGGAGGAACUGAGAGUCCAACAAAAUAACCGGAAUGACAGCAAAGAGUGCUGAUUCGCCUGUCUGCUACGUAGGAACAGAGAACUGAUAGAUGCCUGGUCUGCUGAUCUCUGUUUGUGUGUGUGUGUGUGUGUGUGUGUGUGUGUGUGUGUGUGUGUGUGUGUGUGUGUGC